UUGGGUCUUCUUCCUGCCAGGCGUCCAACUGUGGCCAUACCCACUGGAUCCUUCGAGUCUUUCGAAGAUCUAAUCCUUUGUCAGUGCUUGGAUAAAACUAUAUUGCAAACAUCAACCAAGGCAACCACUACUGCAAUGGCUGACGGACUCAACCAAGCUCGCGCCCUCCGAGUGGCAGAGAUCAUCAACGACUACCGGACUCUUCUCAUGCACAUCUCCCAACAGAAUGUCCAAGCCCCGGCAGACGAGUUCAACGAAGAGGGGUAUAAAGUGAUCCGAGAUGGCCUGGCUGCUGCGCAAGCUUUGAUGUCAUCCAACUACAACCCCUGCGCGACGCCAGCACAUGCCGGCAAUGUAGAGGUCGAGAAGGCGGAAUUGCGGAGAGUCAUCCUUGACGCUAGCGCCAGACGCUUCCAGGCGCAUCGCAUCUACUUGAAGGUCGCGGCCGCCAGACGAUGGGUCAUCAACCGCCAAAACAUUCUGCGUGGACAGCGGCCGGGACCGCAGCACGCGGCUCAGCUGAAGAACGCCAGCAACACGUUCCAUGCUGAGCUAGCUCAAGUGACCGAACAGCACGUGGUGGCUGACCUCCGGGCAGCCGACACGCGGGCGGGUCAUUGGCUCAACGAUGACCCUUCUCUGCCUACAAUCCUUCAAUGGAUUCGGUCUCACCCAUGAGAUUUUCUUUUGUUUUCUUUUUCCCAUCGGAGCCUGCGAACGGCGGUGGCCUUGAGUGGUAUAUGGAUAUUAUGGUGUCUAUAAUUACGGGACUACAGUACCGUUUGGCAAGCGUCCACUGGAUGCAUGUUCUCUAUUGUUGCUCAGCGCUGGUCGCUGGC